AAUCGAUUCAGAAGAAUCGGUUGGUGAAUCGUGGGGACUCUGUGAGGAAUCGAUGGGCCAAUGGCGUUUGGCGGGAAACGGGUACAGUAGUCGACGUUUAUAAGAGUUAACAACAUCAACAAAUAAACAGCACAACAACAACUUAUUCUUCGCAUGUCGCGGCUCAGACAUGAAGUGCGUUCUCCCCGGGAGCAAUGUGAAAGUGUUGGGCAGAGCCGUUCAGUCCCUUGCGAAAUUUGGAGAAGAAAUUCACCUGGCAGCCUUACCUGAGGGGCUCUCCCUGCGUGCCGUCAACUCGUGCCGCUCGGCCUACGCCAGUUUCCUCCUCUCCCACCUCUGCUUCCUGCACUACGAGCACCGUCGCCGUGGCGAUGGAGGUCGUCUCCGUGGCGACCGUUGCCAGGGCGACGACGUUGCCGAGGAGACCUUCCGCUGCAGGAUCAGCGUGAAGGCCAUGCUCUCUGUGUUCAGGGCCACGGGCUCGCUGGACAAGGCGGUGGAGCAGUGCCGCAUUAUACUCAACCCCAAAACGUGUCGCCUCAUCAUCCAGAUGCGGUGUUUUCGCGGCGUCACCACGACCCGCCAUCUGUGCUUCUCUGACGUGGACAAUGUGGAGGCCUCCUUCAGUAAAAGCGGCAGCCCCAACGAGCUGAGAGCACCAGCGAGGCUGCUGUCCGACGCCCUGGUCCACUUCCACGGCGUCCACGAGGAGGUCUGCCUCACCGCCUCGCCCACUCACGUCACCCUUAGCAACGUGCCCGACGAGGGCAUCGACAUUGCUAAGAGCACUCGCACGAACCUGGUGCUGAGCGUGGAUGAGUUCGAGUCGGUGAGGAUCAGGGACAGCACGGAGCUCACGUUCUGCCUCAAGGAGACCAAGGGAAUGUUGCUGUUUGCAGAGUCGUCAAAUUACCCAGUCUCCAUCCACUUCGACUCCCCAGGGCGCCCCAUCAUCUUCAGCCUGCAGGACUCGGUGCUGGAAGCCGACUUUGUGUUGGCGACCCAGUUGGAGGUCGCCCAAUCACACGCCCCCCAGCAACACGGCGGCAGCAGCAGGUGUCAGGAGGACGUGGAUGGUUUUGACGACAUGGACUCUUUCAUGCUCGCCAUGGACACGACUCACGUGGAGGAGGGUGGUGACGGUGCCGCUACAACAUCUACGGAGGAACCUGGAAGAAAAAAGCUGCGGGCUCUCUUGUUCGAGGCUCCGAGCCAGCUUCUCCUCGCUCAGGAUGUCCUCGCCGAAGACAGCGAGCCAGAAUGAGACACUCCCAGGCGGAGACACAGGGGGAGACACCGGGGAGACACGGGGGGAGACACG